GACUUUGUCUCAUAAUCACGUCCACUGACACUUUAAUAUGUCUGUCAGCCUUGAGCCCAUUAAAUAUCAUGGGUUUCCGUAUAAAUGGUGUCAGAGACCAGCAGCAGAAGCAGAAUCAUAGAAAGAGAAAACAGACAGGUUAAGGGGCAGCUGAUGAUGAAUAGAGCAAGUGGUAGUAGGUGGUACCACCCAUUUACAGCAAGACAGUGGCAAGAGCUUGAAGAUCAAGCACUUUUUUACAAAUACAUGAUAUCCGGUAUGCCCAUUCCCCCUCAUCUCAUUUAUACCAUCAGAGCAAGUCUGGAUUCCUCCACACACCCACCACCCAACGUUGGUAGAAAAGUAGAUGGAGAAGAAGCAGGAGGAAGGUGCAGAAGAACAGAUGGUAAAAAAUGGAGAUGCUCAAAGGAAGCUUGUCCUGAUUCAAAGUACUGUCAAAAGCAUAUGCAUCGAGGUAGAAAUCGUUCAAGAAAGUCCGUGGAACUCAACACGCCCAUUCCUUACAGAAAGAGCAACGGGAUGAAAGAUGGGGAGAUGGAUGAAUCUUUCAAGACUUCACUGGGUGGUGCUUCUUGGCAACUGGCUAUUAACAACAACACUUCAUCCUCAAACCCUUCUGAAAAUGCAUACUCAUUUCAACAACAAGAUGAUGAGAUUGAGAGGAAAGAGAAAGUAAUGCACCAUUUCUUAAUUUGAUGAAUGGCCACCAAAGCACAAAGAUUGUUCCAGUGCUCCUGCUCACACAUAACAUAACAUUUAAAUCAAGCACAACUAAUUAUAUUUUAUUAUGUAGAAGAUGAUGGGUAUGUGUUUCAGUGUAAAAUAAAUGUGGCUUGCAAUCCUUCAAAUGCGGGUCCAAACAGAAAUUGCAACACCUUACUUUUAUAAUAAUGUCUGUUUGGACAGAUUACACAAUUCACCGUUUCCAUUUAUAAACUUAGGGUGAAGGGGGUGCUCACCUAAUAGGUGAGUCCCCUCUCUUACGCCCAACCAAUCCCCGUGUGCCACGUCAAGUCCCCUCUUAAACUCCCCUAACACCCCAAUUUGAUGGCGUCACUCCCCUUUUAGGUGAAUUGGUUUUUUUUUUUUAAAAAAAAAAAAAAAAAAAAAGGAAAUCAUUGAUUGGACAAGCCCCUUCUCUCUCCUCCCUCUCUCUUCGGUGAGCCACCACCGUUCCUCUCUCCUCUCUCUACUCACCGCGUCGAUGGCAGCCCCCCCCUAAUCGGUGAAGGGGGUCCCCGAAUUCACUCACCGACUGCACCCCGUGCAGCCU